CUUUGUUCGCCAUGACCACAUUGUGUUUGUUAGAUCGAUUUCACCGUUUAAGCCUUUUAUUCUCGUUUAUUAAAUUUUUCAUUUUAAUGCAAAAAUGUCAGCAGUUGUUCCUGCAGCAUCAGAUGAUGCAUUUUACGAGAAUCUUACGUUGGGUCUUAUAAAAGUGUUAAAUCAAAUCCAACGGAUCAACAAUAUUAAUUACGAUAAAAGAUAUCCAGCCGAACGGAAUAGUGUAAAUGCAUGGGAGACUCGACAUAAUGUUAGUCUACCUUCAGACAUGAAAGCCUUUUUCCUCUGCACUGAUGGCUUUUGUCUCUUUUGGUCUUAUGAAUAUUCAGCAACAGAUAACAAACGUGUUGGGAAGAUCCAUAUUCCACAUCUCAUCCAAAUCACUUUAAUUAGAGAAAAUUUGGAAUCGAUUAUGGCUGCAAAUCACAAUACAUCAAAAUCAUCUUCAUCAUCUUCUACUAAUGACGCAAUUCCAUCACUUCAUUUAGCUCCCAAAAGUAAAAUUUUUGAACUCAGCACAAUUCUGGAUGUAGCAAAAGUCGUUAUGAUUUAUGAAGUUCCAGAAACGAACGUUAUGAGGAUUUAUUUAUUAGAAUUGGAAUCGCUUAAACUUCAGUUCUUAGCCGAUACAUUUUCAGAGUAUUUACGUAUGUCGGUUGCACAUCUCGGUCUACCUUAUUGGGAAUUAUGUUUCUCAUCGUGCACGCUUCCACCUUGGACACAGCAAUUAUUUUUAUUACUCGCACCACAUUUACUGGAAAAUAAUGAACCGAGGAGAAAUGUUAAAAAUUUUCAUAAUGGAAACGAAGAAACUCCGUACAAUACAUUAGAUCCAUCUGUAUUCAGAAUGAAUUACAACAAUUUCCAUGGAUAUUCGAACUAUGGACUCAAUUAUUUUAAUGAUUCGGCAAGUGAGUUUUCGGACGAGUAUCAAAAUUCUACAUCUCCAGUUUCAUCACCUCAAUAUAAUGUACAAUGUCAUAUGAAUAUUCAAUAUAAUCAAUAUUAUGAGCAGACUCAUCAGAACAGCUCGACAUUUUAUCAGCAGCCAAGUCCGAUUAAAACAAUUGAGGAAUGUCAAAAAUUCAGUAACUGUAGACAAGAAUCAAUCAAGGAUCAUCAAAAUAUUAUUAUCAGCAGAUGUGAAAGUAUUGAGAAAAGUUCAGGCGAAGAGAAGUCUACAGUUGUCGUACCUGAAGUUCUUAAAAGAAGGCGCGUGGCUGCAAAUGCAAGAGAACGAAAGAGGAUGAACAACUUGAAUUAUGCAUUCGAUAGAUUAAGAGACGUAGUUCCAAAUUUAGGAAAUGACAGGAAAUUGUCGAAAUACGAAACACUUCAAAUGGCUCAAACAUAUAUCGCAGCACUAAAUGAGUUACUAAAGAGGGACUGAAGGUAGCUAUUAAGUGAUUUCCAUCAUAAAUGUGUAAAAAUCUGUUCAGUGAGUGACUACUUAAGUACUACUAUUGUUGGACAUUAUACUUGCUGAAGCUGCUUGAGGCGACAUGAUGAUUUAGAAUACGACAAAUCUGUUUGCGGCAGUUCCUUUAACUUUUCUUAAUGCCGCAUGUCAAAAUAAUAAUAUUUUAAGGAACAAAGUAGUUGAUUAGUUUUAUGUAAGACUGAAAUUAUUAUUAUCAAUUUAGUCCAUAAGUGUUGUGCAAUUGGAAGUAUUGUAAAAAUAUGAAAUAAGAAUAAAGAAGAAGAAAAUUU